ACCAAAUCGGGAAUGGUGUUGGAACCUCGUCCAUCUCCGAAUCCAACUCAUGUAAUGCUCGUGUCGUUUCAAGGACAAGGCCACGUCAGCCCUCUACUUCGUCUCGGAAAGCUAAUUGCUUCCAAGGGUUUACUCGUUACUUUCGUCACUACUGAGCUUUGCGGCAAGAAAAUGAGACACGCCAACAAGAUCGUCGACGGUGAGCUUAAACCGAUUGGUUCCAGUUCAAUCCGGUUUGAGUUUUUUGACGAGGAAUGGGCAGAGGACGAUGACCGGAGAGGUGAUUUCCUUGUGUACAUUCGACACCUCGAGAGCAUUGGGGUACGAGAAGUGUCCAAACUCGUGAGGAGAUACAAGGAAGCGAACGAGCCUGUCUCGUGUCUGAUCAAUAACCCGUUCAUCCCAUGGGUUUGCCACGUAGCGGAAGAGUUUAAUAUUCCAUGUGCGGUUCUUUGGGUUCAGUCUUGUGCUUGUUUCUCUGCUUAUUACCAUUACCAAGAUGGCUCAGUUUCUUUCCCUACAGAAACAGAACCUGAGCUCGAUGUUAAGCUUCCUUGUGUUCCUGUCUUGAAGCACGACGAGAUCCCUAGCUUUCUCUUUCCUUCUUCUCACUUCGCAGGUUUUCGACAAGCGAUUCUUGGACAGUUCAAGAAUCUUAGCAAGUCCUUCUGUGUCCUAAUCGAGUCUUUCGACUCCUUGGAGCAGGAAGUUAUUGAUUACAUGUCAACUCUUUGUCCCCUAAAAGCCAUUGGACCACUUUUUAAAGUCGCUAAAACCGUUACUUCUGAUGUAAGCGGUGACAUUUGUGAACCGGCGGAUCAAUGCCUCGAGUGGUUAGACUCGUGGCCUAAAUCGUCCGUCGUCUAUGUUUCUUUCGGGACUAUUGCGUAUUUGAGGCAAGAACAGAUCGAGGAGAUCACUCAUGGGGUUUUGAAAUCAGGUUUAUCGUUCUUAUGGGUGAUUAGACCUCCACCGCAUGAUCUCAAGGUCGAGGCUCAUGUCUUGCCGCAAGAAAUUAAAGAGAGUAGUGUUAAAGGUAAUGGGAUGAUUGUGGAUUGGUGUCCACAGGAGCAAGUAUUGGCUCAUCCUUCUGUGGCAUGUUUCGUGACUCAUUGUGGAUGGAACUCGACGAUGGAGUCUUUGUCUUUGGGAGUCCCGGUGGUUUGUUGUCCGCUGUGGGGAGAUCAGGUGACUAAUGCGGUUUAUCUGAUUGACGAGUUUAAGGUCGGAGUGAGGCUGAGGGAAGAUGUGGCGGAGAAGCUUUUGGAAGCAACGGUUGGGGAGAAGGCAGAAGAGUUGAGGAAGAAUGCUUUGAAAUGGAAAGCCGAGGCAGAAGCUGCGGUGGCUCCUGGAGGUUCGUCGGAGAAGAAGUUUAAGGAGUUUGUUGAGAAGCUAGGUGUGGGAGUAUCGAAAGCUAAGGAGAAUGGAAACUAG